AUGCAAAGCCAGCAGCUAUGUCUCUUCGGCGCCUUCCGACGAGGACUCGCACCUUAUGCUCGGGCCCAAGCUGCAAAACGCUCCAGUCGCGCCUACAUAUCGCGGACGAACCCGUUGCAGAGGCCAGCAACCGCCGCUGCACAGGAAAGAGACGAUGACGAUGAGCCCAUUAUUCGUUACCAGACCGCGCCUGAAAGAAAUUCUCCUCUGUUCCGUUCCGGUUCAGCGAGAGCAGACGCACCUCGUGGAGUUGGCGACUACUCAGCUACAAACUCACGACAACCUGUCCGAACGACACCUGAUCGCGAAGCGGGUCCAACGAGCAGAUACCAGCCGGCCGGUUCCAAUGCUUCAAGCGGGCUUGACAGUCUCCUAAAUUCGCUAGGACAGACGAAUCCCGCGCCGGCAUGGUCUACACCUAGAAGAGAUCCACAGCGUCAGAGGACUGCUGUCGACAGUUAUGGAGAUCAGCAGCCGCAGCUGCGGUUCCGCCGCACCGGUAGCCACCCCAGUUACAGUAGGGAGCCGGACAGUGGCAGUGACCGCUACUCUUCACGCCCGGCCUACAGCACCUCGCUAAAUUAUGCCGACGGUGCUGCUGAUCGCUCCCGCGGAAGACAAGCUGGGAUGCGGCGCAACGACGCUGCCUUGGACCUCUUCCAAGAACGAUCUUCCAAUAAUGACAAUUACUCACGUCAGUCUCCGCGCGACUUCAACGGCUCGUACGGGAGGCAGAAUGGUCGCAGGAGGCCAGAAGGAGAGUUCGGAAGGAGGCAAGAAGGAGGAUUCAGCAGGAGGCAAGAGGGUGGCUUGGGACGGAGACCGGAAACAAAAGAAGCAGAAGCAAACCCACCAGAACCCGAAACCGAAACCUCCAUUGAUGUGGAAGACUACGACCUAGAUCCAUUGGACGCAGUCGAGGACCGCGUAGUUGACCGCCGAACGUAUCGAGCCAGUAGGGCAGACCGCUACACUACUACUGCCGAGCCUGUCCAAUCAGUAUCAGAAGAAGCCGAGAAAGCUCAGCGAGCCAAAGAACGCGCCAAAGAACGAGAGCUCGAAAAUGUCGAAUCAAUCAUGGAGGGCGAGUCCGGAAGACGGCGAAACAGGAAGAAGGCGAAGAAAGCGCAACCACAAGUGGUCCAAGCUCCCUCUAGACCUACCCUGAAGAUACCUGAGUUUAUCAGCGUACAGCACAUGGCGCAAGCGCUUGGCUUACGACUGGAGCCAUUCAUCGAGAAAUUGGAGGAGGAGGGCUUCGAAGGAGCAACCUACGAUCACCUGCUUGACUCUGGCACUGCCUCUAUGUUUGCUGAUUUAUAUGGAUACGAACCUGUCCUGGCCACUGUCGAAACACAGGCCGAUCUGGUCGCACGACCACCAGCGGAGGACACAUCGCUUCUACCUCCGCGACCGCCCAUCGUGACGAUCAUGGGACACGUCGAUCACGGCAAGACGACUAUCCUGGAUUAUCUACGAAAGGCAAAUGUUGUUGCAUCGGAACAUGGUGGUAUCACUCAGCACAUUGGAGCAUUUUCAGUCGUGAUGCCGAUCACCGAGCAACGAAUCACUUUCCUUGACACUCCCGGCCACGCAGCCUUCCUCGACAUGCGCCGCCGUGGUGCCAAUGUGACCGACAUAGUUGUUCUUGUCGUUGCUGCGGACGACAGCGUUAUGCCGCAGACCAAGGAAGCCAUUAAGCAUGCACUUGAUGCCAAUGUACAGAUCAUCGUCGCCAUCAACAAGAUCGACAAGCCAGACGCAGAUGUAGAGAAAGUGAAAAAUGAUCUGAACGGCGAGGGCAUCGAGGUUGAGGGUCGAGGUGGAGACAUUCAGGCCAUCGAGUUGAGUGGCAAGACAGGCCAGGGCAUGGAUGCUCUUGAAGAAGCCAUCAUCACACUUUCCGAGGUUUCAGACUUUCGUGCCGAGACGACAGGCGCAGCGGAAGGGUGGAUCAUCGAAAGCAAAGUCACCUUGGCUGGGCGGGUCGCAACAGUCCUUGUACGUCGAGGUACUCUGCAUGUAGGAGAUUUCAUCGUCGCAGGCAACACUUGGGCACGAGUCCGAACACUGCGGAAUGAUGUCGGAGAUCUCGUAUCAGAGGCUGCUCCCGGUACUCCUGUUCAGAUUGAUGGAUGGCGUGGAGAAGAUCCGGUAGCUGGGCUGGAAGUGCUCCAGGCGGACGAUGAGCAGCAUGCCAAAGACGUGGUCGCAAUCCGACUUGAAAAGGCCGACGCGUUGAAGACUGCUACUGAUAUCGUGGCCAUCAAUGCCUCCCGGGCUGAAGCGUCCGAGGCUCGAGCCAAGGUGCUGGAGUGGCAGAACGAACAAGGCUUCCGCUCGAAGAAGCAGCAGCGAAUUCGGUUGCGCGACACAAGAACUGGAUGGCUCGACUCAGGCCCGGAGGCCGGACCACGCAAAGUGCACUUCGUUGUCAAAGCAGACGUGGCCGGAUCCGUGGAAGCCAUCGUUGCUGCAGUUGGCGCCAUCGGCAACCACGAGGUCCAGGCAAAUGUCAUUCACAGUGCAACUGGGGCGCUCAGCGAAUCCGAUAUCCGGAUGCUGGCUACUAGUGGAGAGGUCAGCUAUGGCAUCACAUUCAACCAGCCCAUUCUUGACUAUAACGUGAUCUACAAACUCACCGAUGCUGUCAAGGAGAAAGUAUCUGCUGAGCUCCCACCACUUAUCACCACGAAGGUCAUCGGCGAAGCGGAAGUCCUACAAGUCUUUGAAGUGGGCAAGAAGAACAACAAAAUGCGCAUCGCGGGGUGCAGCAUCAGCAAUGGUAUCGUAAGCCGUGCUCAGAAAGUCAGGGUGCUGCGAGGUGACAGCGAGAUAUUCUCAGGAUCACUUAGUGGUCUCAAAAACGUCAAAAAGGACGUGACUGAGAUGCGGAAAGGGUCCGAGUGCGGUAUGGCAUUCGAGGCUGGGAGAAUGCCCUAG